GAGUGCGGAAGUUGUUAUGUAGCGUGUAAUUUCACAUGUGGACUCACUGUAGUGAAUGUGUUCACAUGAGUAUCUAAAUAUGGCUCAAACACAAAGCAACAUUAAGAAAACCUCUUCAAGAGAUUUAAUCUCCUGUGGCACCGAAAAAGGAAUCCAUGAGAAACUUCUAUUGAAGUCUAAAAGUGCGCCUUCACUGCAGACACAGAGGGUGCCCAGAACUAGUGUUUUGGACAGAUUGCACAGUUUCAUUCCCCAAAUCGCCCAAGCCAAUGAAUCUUUGAGACAUCAGAUGGAAGAGGCACCUGCUGGUUAUUUUGACAUUGAGAGUGUGGAGGAUGCAGAGAAAGUCAUUGAAAUGGAUGUGGCUCUUGUUGAGCUGGAGAACUCGGACAGCAGUGAUGAAGAUGACUCGUCAUCAUCAACAUCAUCUGAAGAAGAAGACAGCUCAGAGGAAGAUGUGACCACUGUCACUGUAGAGAAUCUUAAACUACCAGGAGACAGGAAGAGAAAGGCCAACAUCCAGGUGCUGGACAAAGAGAGUGAGUGAGACUGCCUGCUGGAACUGGGGAAUAGCACUGGACUCACUCAAUUUCUGCCUAUGGAUGAAAUAUAUUACUCUUCCAAGUGUGCUGGAAGCCUCAAGUCUUUUAUUGGUUAGACAUAAGCCCAGAUCAGUGGUUUUAUGUCUUGCUGUUCAGGCAGACUCAAUUGUGAAUGCAUUCAUUCAGUUUAAGAGUGGCAUAUUUGCCAAAAUGAAUGAAAUGUCCCUCUGUUAAGCUGUCAUGGUUAUUGCAGAAAACAGUCUCAGUUGCGGAUAUUGAAAAUCUGCACAUUUUCUUUUCUGCUAUUAAUUCUAUAUUAAGUGAAAGAAGAGUUUUGUUAAAAAAGGUAAACAUUUUGUAGUUUCAGCCUUUUAAUAAAGAAAAACACAGUUUUUGUAAUUACCAUUCUUUAUUGUAAAAAUGAUUUACAGAUGCUCAUUUUUCAUUUUGUCUGUUGUUGCAAUACUGUUGUGUAGAAUGAAUGUUUGGCAGUGUGACAGCAGUAUUUAUCUUAUACAGAAGACUGAAAUACUGAUAUAUUUGCAUAGAAUAACACUUCUGUCAAAUGCAUGUUGUCAAGUCUUAAUGCAUAACAAAAAAUCAUACAGUGAUUAUGAAUCUGCAGAGAAUACUUGGCAACAUGUUUUCAUUCAUGCUAAAAUGACUGAUCAUGUCACAAAUACUUAAUUUUUCACAUUGUCAGGUUCACAGUGUGUUUGUACUGCAUUAAAAAGUGGAAGAUAGUGUAA